AUGAAAACAAUUAAAACAGCUGGUGGAAUUAGAACUCUUCUUGUUGGGGUCUUCAACUUGGAAAAUGUUUCUUGCCGUUUAAUCGUAAAACCUCGACGUGUGUAUCCGAUGAACCCAAGGCCUGUUUUCACUGGGCCUGUCUGUCAGUCGGUCGGCUUUCGCACAACCCUGGCCUGUUUUCACUGGGCCGUCAAGUCUGAUCGGCUUUCGCACGACCAAGGGCCUGUUUUUACUGGGCCUGUCUGUCAGUCGGUCGGCUUUCGCACAACCCUGGCCUGUUUUCACUGGGCCGUCGAGUCUGAUCGGCUUUCGCACGACCAAGGGCCUGUUUUCACUGGGCCGUCGAGUCUGAUCGGCUUUCGCACGACCAAGGGCCUGUUUUCACUGGGCCUGUCUGUCAGUCGGUCGGCUUUCGCACAACCCUGGCCUGUUUUCACUGGGCCGUCGAGUCUGAUCGGCUUUCGCACGACCAACACAAGACAACAAGAAUGGGUUUUGAGAUCCGCUCUGAACUUCGCAAGUGAUGGAGAAGUAGUCAGAAAAGUAGGUAGAGAGUUCCAGAGAAAAGGACCAGAAAAAGCAAAAGCAGAUUUGGCAAAAGAGUGUUUAACACGAGUUAAGAAAAAGCGAGAAGAAGAAGACGAUCGUAAACCGGGGCGUUUAGGUUCAAUUAAUAUAUCUGAUAAGUACUUAGGAAAUAAUUUAGAUUGA